AUGAGUAACAAGAGUACAGUCCUAGAGUUAAACCCUGAGCUCCAACCUGAAUCCAAGAGCUUGGAGAGAAUGGAACAGACAAACACAGAUGAGAACUAUGGCAUGGCUUUACUUGAAAGCAGACUCAGCGUGGACGACUUUGUCAAAAUACAGAAAGCUUUUGAGGCUCCUGGGCCUAGGCACCGUACUUACAUGUCUCGAGAAGUGUUUGUACAGCGGAUGACAGAGAUUGUUGGUUGGGGCACAAAGGAAGAAUAUGGAGAGCUCUUUGACAAAGUGGAUGUGGUCCAAGAUGGCUUCAUUAAUUGGGAAAAACUGACCUCAUUUCUGCUGCUAUCACUUGAGAAUGAUGAACAAGCAAAGACCACUAUUGUUCCUCAAUGGAAAGAUAUUGAAUACCUCCCAGUGAAACAUAAGGACAGCAUCCAAAAAGUAGUGUUCUUAAAAUGCUCAAGUCGUUAUCUGACCAUCAGUAAGGAGGGACUGUUAGAAAUCUGGGGAGAGAAUUUAACAUUGCAAGAAACACUUCCCAUCACUUCAGAUGCCACCAAACUUAAACACUUGUGGGUGACAAGUCUUGUUUUUCUGGAAAAUGUAAACAAGAUAGCAGUGGCUUUUACAAGUAAAGAGAUUUGUUUCUAUGAUCUACUGUCAAAAGAACAAUUUUCUUGUCAAUAUAAACUUCAAGGCCUGAAAGGAACACCAAUCUGCAUGGAUUAUUGGCAUGAUCCUCUUGAUGCCAAUGAAGCAAUUCUUUCUUUUGGAGACGUAACAGGAAAGGUUCAAGCAAUUGUUUUCACUACAGCUCUGAUUUCCCUCUUUGAGCGUCCUGCUAAUGCUUGUGAAGAUGAAGACAUAACUGUCACUAUUCACUGGACAGAGCUACUCUCUGGAUAUCAUAAAUGUUGCUAUACAUUAGAGCACAAGCUUCAUCAUGAAGAUUGGGUCAGACAAGUCACUUACAAUGCAUCUUUGGAUGCCAUCCUUUCCAGUACAACCAACAGUACAAAUACGCUGGUGCUGGCUUGGAGAGAGAAAUCAAAAAAUCACAUUAAAAUGACAUCCUUCAACAUUACCCAGGGCAUUCAUGCUUUUGAUUACCACUCUCAACUCAAUUUAAUUGCAACUGCUGGCAUCAAUAAUAAAGUUUGCCUUUGGAACCCUUAUGUUGUUUCCAAGUCAGUUGGAGUCAUGUCAGGUCAUUCAAGCAGUGUGCUAGCCGUUCAAUUCUUUGCUGCAAAAAACCAGCUUUUUAGCUUCUCUGAAGAUAAAGUUUUGAGACUCUGGGAUAUUCAACAACAGCUCUGCAUUCAGAGAAUAGCUUGUUCUUUUCCUAAGAGUCAGGACUUCAGAUGCAUCUUCUAUUUUGAUGAAGCCCACGGAAGACUUUUCAUUUCAUUUAAUAACCAACUGGCGCUAUUGGCUAUGAAAAGUGAAGCCAACCAGAGGGUAAAAAGUCAUAAGAAAGCAGUGACCUGUGUUCUUUACAAUUCUUUAUUGAAACAGGUAAUUAGCUCUGAUGCUGGGUCGACUGUUUUCUUCUGGAUGAUAGACACUGGGCAGAAAAUGAAACAAUUUACUAGUUGCCAUGGCAAUGCCGAAAUCAGCACUAUGGCCUUUGAUGCAAAUGAGACACGGCUUUUGACUGGCAGUACAGAUGGGACUGUUAAGAUAUGGGACUUCAACGGAUGUUGCCACUGCACAUUAAAUGUUGGGCAAGAGGGAGCUGUGGAUAUUUCACAGAUCCUAGUUCUAAAGAAGACAAUAUUGGUUACAGGUUGGGAAAGAACUAUUACUGUAUUUCGACCUCAGAACUACAAUCAAUUUUUUAUCCAGCCUGAAGAAUGGAAAGGAGGCAUACAACACCGUGAUGAUAUCUUAUGUGCUGCAUUUUUACCUCCUCAAACUCUUGCUACAGGGAGUUAUGAUGGAGAAAUCAUUCUAUGGAACAAUAGCUCAGAAAAUGCUCACUAUGUUCUUCACCCUGAUUACCAGAGACUGCUAAAAUCAAGAUUGGAUAGAGAACCUCAAACAUUGCGCAGUACUGGGAGGAGAUCUUCCAUCCACUCUAAGACAGAGAAGGCCACCCAUGGAGUCUGCUUCUUUGAAAUUGACAAUGACUAUAAUAAUGCUGUUAUGAGGCUUUGUUUCCUGGAAGCAAGAAAAAAUGUUGAAUUGACAGGAAGAGCUAACCUGAUGUCAUGUGGAGGAUCAGGAUAUGUUCGAUUCUGGGAUACAUUUAAGAAGCAACUUCUGGCUGAGUUUUUGGCUCAUAGUGGUGCUGAAUAUAUUAUUAUGUGUACUGAUAAGCUGAAUCGAUACCUUGCCACAGGAGAUCCUGAUGGACAAUUGAAAAUCUGGAAUAUAGAAGAGUACUGCCUGAAUGCCAGCAAGUGCAAAAUCACACAGGCCCCAACACUGAUAAGAUCAUUUCAACCUCAUGAAGACCGGAUAAGUUCCUUGGAGAUGUGUGAGCCUGGGGGACGUUUACUGAUUAUCUCCUCCUCUUCAGAUUGCAGCAUUUGUGUGACUGAUGUCUGCAGUGCCCCUGUCUAUAUCUUUGGUCAGGCAAAGCUUUGGAAAAUUGAGAAUUGCUUUUCUUUUCCUAAAAAAGGUACUGACUUAAUAGAAAGUGAUAUUCAGGAAGAAAAAAUAAAAAAAAGUCCUUCACUGCCUAUUGAGGAAUCAGGCCUAGACCAAAUAGACCUGUCUUCUCUUGAUAAGGAAAACAAAGAUAUAUCAGCAGACAAUGUCAGACCAGCAGAAGUCUUCAAUUUAGGUGUAAAAUAUAAGGAAAGAAAUUACUAUAAGAAAAAAACAUAUAAAUUGAAUUAUGGCAAUAUCCCACCAAAAGCAUCCAGUGCAUUUAGGUCAUUGAACAUUGGAACCCUGCAAGAGUUGCCUGAAGUGAAUAAACCAGCUUUUCUUCUAGAACCUGAGAAAUAUUUUAGGAAUGAACCAGAAAUGAAGUGUUCCCAAAUUCCAGAACUUCCAUCACUUUCUCAAACUUUGAAAGCUGUAUUUGUUGAAAAAAACCUGCUUCCCAGAGAAAUUCUUGAUCUUGAACGAAGAACCAAGCAAUUAUGCCAAGAGACAAGUAGAGAAGUGAAGAUAAAAAGAAAUAAGAGGAAAUUAUAG